AUGGAUUUCAACAAAUUCCAGACCGAGAUUGCAGAAGAAGUAGGAAAAUUCCGCAUCGACUUGGAGGAGAUGAAGGAUCAACAACAAGCAAAGGCUACAUCUGCCCCUCCCGCUUCUGUGCAUUUAAACAAACAGUCACCCAUCCCCCCUCCUAUCCCUCCACAGAGGCAGUCCGUUAUACUUCCUCCUCGAUCAAUCUUGAACGGCAAUGCUGCUCGUUCUAGCCCCAAGAACAGCGCCCCCGGAACACCGCAGAGGCACUCAUCUGUACAGAGUGAUGGAACAAGCAAGAAGAGGAAAUUGAACGGCUCCUCAACGAACACGCCGAAAGGUUCCAAUGGGGUAAACGGGGCAAAAAGGAAGAGAAAAUACAGACUUGAUGGUGAUGAUUCCGAGGACUCUACCUUUGAGCCGAAUCAGCCAAAAAUCAGCGAUGACGAUGAGGAUUAA